UGUUUGUUUUUAUUUUGUGAGUUUUUGAAAUGAUUUCUUUUAAUACUGUGAUUAAAUUUUAUUAGCACAAAACCGUGGUAGUGGAGUUACUUGGUGAAAUCCGAAACGGCCACAAGGAUGGAUCAUAUCCAGCUGACAUACAGUUUUGACCAUAGCUGUUAUUAUGACGAGGACAAGAAGAUACGCUUCGAACCACCGGUGUACGAGCAGCGGUACCUGAUUGUACUCCGUCUGCUGGAACUCGACUUUUGGCAGAGUUCGUUUAAAAAGAUAGUUGAGUUCGGCUGCGCAGAAAUGAAGUUCUUCACUUUGCUUAAAACGUUGCCAGAUGUGGAGCAAAUUUUACAAGUGGACAUUGACGAGGAACUGCUCAACAAAUGGCAGCACAGCGUGAGACCAUUGUUCGUAGACUUUAUUCAAAGGCGAGCGAAGCCAUUUUCGGUCGAAGUAUGGCGCGGGAGUAUAUCAAGUCCGCACGAAUGUCUCAAAGAUACAGAUGUCGUCGUAGGAAUCGAAAUCAUCGAACAUCUGCACUCAGAUGUGCUGGAAGGUGUCCCAGAAAACGUGUUCGGUUUUAUUCGACCCAAGGUAGCCAUGUUCAGUACACCAAACUCGGAGUACAACGUAAUGUUCGAUGGUUUGCUGGAUAACGGGUUCCGCCACGAUGAUCACAAAUUUGAGUGGACACGGGCACAAUUUACAGAAUGGUGUGAUGAUAUCAUACGGCGAUAUCCUGACUACAUGGUUAAGUAUUUCGGAAUUGGGCCACCUCCGAAGGAUCACCCGGACGAUAUAGGCUACGUUAGCCAGCUGGCAGUGUUCGUGAGGAGAGACUUCAUUGACGAAUUGGAAGUGUUAAACAUCGGUCAAGCAAGUGGCGUGGGAGCUAGCGUGGAUAACGAGGAAGCUGCGUCAAACCCUCCAGAACAACAGCCGUCUGGUGAGACGUCGGGAGCAGCGCAGCCAGAGUCUAAAAUUUAUUUCGAUGAAGAAACGAGGGAAAUCGUCGUAGCCAAAGAGGAAGAUGAUGCAGAACAGCCGGAAAAUCGCGUCGUAUCACCAGAGGUUGGAGUUUUCCGUGAUGAUCUGGAAGAUUUUGAAUCGCCAGAAGAGGACUUCGAAGGCAGCGAUCACGACGAACCUAAUGCGAGGAUGAUAGACUUUUACCUUCCGGUUGAGCGGUCGCGCAAUGAUAGCGGUAAUUAUGAUGACGAACUACUGGACCCGUCCAGCCAUGAUUACAAGUUACUGUACAGCGUGGAUUACCCAGUGCAGGAACCAGAUCGACGAGAGAGAUCGGAAAAGUUGCUGGAUGAGGCUGAAUACCAGAUUCGACGGCUGAAGUAUUUAGAGGAAGAAUACUACAAUUACGAGGAGAAUCAAUAUCAGAUACCCCUGCCGUUGAUCGCGGAUUGUAUGGUACAGUUGGCCCCACCUUUGGAGGAAUUGAGGCUAGUUCUAACGAGCGCUUCAUACCGCAUAUCGAAUGAAGAUAUGGUGCUAGUGACGGGCGAGGAUGAAUCUGUUGGAAGCGACGGUGACUUUGAGUAUGAUUUGAGAGAUGAUGAUGACCAAGAAGUCGGAGCUGGGUUUGAUCGAUGGGCUGAUGAUGAGCAGCCUGUAGCUGCAGCGAACGUCGAGCCAGUACAGGGGUCCUCAUUUCAAGAAGAUGAAGAGCUCUGGGAUUGAUGAUCACUAUGCGAUUUGGUUGUAUGCAUCAAUAAAGACUUCUGUACAGAAGAGUACAUGAUAAGUA